AAGGAAAUUUAGGCUAUAGCUAGCGGGCUAACGCGACAACUGACCAUAACUUGACUAAGAAUUAUGGAGGUAACAGAGUCCUGUGGCAGGAAAAAUAAUAAGGGUGGAGAUGAUACAAAGAAAGGAUCACCAGACAGAAUGGCUGGUGGACGGAGAAAGCUGUUAUCCCCAAUGCGGAGGUUUGGGUCAUCAGGCCAUCCUGGAGCUUUCCGACUUGUCUCACCAAUAGACAGUGACCAGGAACUCAAUGACCUGGAGGUGGCCUCUGUAUUAGCAGAAGGGAAUAAAGAAAGUCCGGAUUGUGUCUCCCCUACAAAAUCAAAAAGACAUGAAACACCAUUUCGUCCCACAACUGUGAUGACAAACCUUCAACGAGGCAAUGUUCAGACCACUACGCCUUUAAUCCUGAAGAACAUGACGAUUCAUCAGUUGGCUGCUCAGGGUGAACUGGUACUACUACAACAGGAAAUCUCUGAAGGAACAGAUGUUAACAAGCCUGAUGCUGCUGGUAUGACAGCUCUUCUUUGGGCGAGUGCUAACGGUCAGCAGGCCACAACCGAGUUCUUGGUGGAGAAAAAUGCUGACAUCAAUGUUUGUGGGAAACAUGGUGAGAACGCUCUCCUGUUGGCGAGUUCUGGAGGAUACACUGACAUCGUUUACUAUCUCCUCAGUCUAGGACUUGACGUCAAUUACAGUGAUGAGUCAGGAAGUACUGGGCUGAUGUAUGCCUGCUAUAGGAACCAUACAGGGUGUAUACAGGCCCUUCUGGAGUAUGGAGCUGAUAUUACACACACAAACGAGGAUCAUCUCACUGCCAUGGACCUAGCAGUGGGUCAAGGCCACAAAGCAGCUCAGCAAACUAUUGAACAACACAUGCUGUCUUUGUUUGGGAAUUCCAAUCGUUUCCUACCUGAAAAACUAUGACUCCAUGGAGAAAAUGGUGCAGUGUAUCACUAGGUGUGGAAAAAUAUGCAACACACAAUGGGCCCAUCACAUUGGUGAAUCCAAAAAUCCCAUCAAACCUAAAGGAGCAUUGGACAACAGACAAACAGAGAAACCCAAUGUCUGGACCUAGCUUACAGGCCAGAUAAUCUCGACCAAGGACACUGGACCUAGCUUACAGGCCAGAUAAUCCCGAUCAAGGACACUGGACCUAGCU